GAAGAGAAGGCGGAGAGUCUGUUGCAAGUUUUCUGAAUGACCUUUUAUAUACCUUACUUGAAUACUAUUUCAUUCAUAUCGACUUCCUUGAACUUUUUCCUCUGCAUGUUACAUGCAUGGUAGUUGAGCUUUGAGACAUCGUGGCCGUGGAAAAUGAUGCAGAGGCUUAGAAAGUGGACAUCCAGUUGGAUGAUCAAGACCAGCGAAUACCGUCAUGCCUGGGGAGUCAGUACCUUCAUCAUAGGUGUAGUUAUCAGUAAUAGCCUAUCUGAGUAUGCGGUAGUAGGGAGCUUGAUAGAUUUUCUUGUUAACGAUACACCGGAUUUAUAUCUGUCAGUCGCGGCAGCAAUCAUAAACAUUAAAAUGGGAUGCACGUCUUUCAUGGCCAUCAUCGGAUCCUUCAUCGCAGAUGCUUAUUUCAGCCGUUACUUUGUGGUCCUUGUCUCGUUGGCCCUGAAUAUCUACGGAUUGCUUCUUUUCACGCUGUCGAUACCCCACCACGGGAUCUAUAUAUAUCUUUUUUACCUUGCAAUGUUGCUUAUAGCAAUGGGGGAGGGUGGCCAAGAGUACACCUUAACACAUUUUGGAGCUGAUCAGUUCAAGAAACACAUCAAAGACAAGCGCAAAGCUAAGCGCCACUCAACUGCUUUGUUUUACAUAGGCUCCUUCGUGGGCUCUGUGUUGGGCAUGAUUCUGACCUUUACAUGGAGCCGCUUGGACAUACCAGAGGGGUCGACAAAAAUCUUAAAGAAUGUAUGGGGUAUAUCGGGGUUGUGUUCCGCAAUGGUCAUGCUGUUGGCAUUUUUGGUGCUUGUGUUGGGCACCUCAUACUACCGUAGAGACGUGCCCCGUGGGAGCCCUUUCACACGCAUGUUGCGUGUUGUGGUGGCCGCAGCAAGGAAGAGACACCUAGAUUGGCCUGCAGAUGAUAAUCUAAUCCAUGGUGGACGGAAUCCUGGUGGUGUUGCCAGUGGCACGAGUGAUGGACAUGAAGAUUACAACAUUAAUGUUACGAUAGAGAAGCUUGAUGUAGAUGGCAAUACUAGCAUGACACAUAGAAGGAUAGAUAACCACAGCAAUGGGGAAGGUGACAUGCAGCUGAAGAGAAGUAAUUCCAAGGAAAACCCUUGUUUUGAGGACGUGGAAAUAAAGAGGGACCUGGUAGAUGACGAGAACUUGAGACCUUGCAUUGAUCGCAAAGGUCAUACUAGAGAUGAUGAUGCAUGCUUGUCGCCGGCACUAGAUGGAUACCCCGCCUCAAAUUAUGAAAAUGAUGAACAGUUGAGACGUUGCUUGGAUCGCUGUGGCCAUACUGGAGACGAUGAUUCACGUUUGUCGGUGUUUCAUGAAAGCUCCAGUGUCAACCAAGAAGACGAUGGACACCCAACCCAUGAAACCCAUUGGUUACCUCACACAAGUAACUUAAGGUGGCUCGACAAAGCGAGCAUCAUCGAAAAACCAGGGGCGGAACAAGAAAGUAAAUGGAGGCUUUGCACCCAAACAGAAGUCGAAGAAACCAAGCUCUUCCUACGCUUAUUCCCUGUUUGGGCUUCCUUCCUCGCGUAUGGAAUAGUCUUGUCCAUUGGGAGAACCUUCUUUUUGUUUCAAGCAAGCUAUUUAAACGCGAAGCUCGGCGACUUCGAAGUCCCCGUUAUGUUCCUCGUAUUUGUCUAUGUCUUAUCGAGGCCAGUCGUCACCAUAGUAUUCAUUCCACUAUUAAAUAGCCUCAUACGACUCAAACAUGAAAUCUCACCAGAGUUAAGGAUAGGAGCUGGGUUGACCCUAUCCGUAUUGUGUUGCUUCACUGCACUUUUUGUAGAGAAGAAAAUGAUGAAGGCUGCGGUGAGAGAGGAUCCCAAUGAUCCCAUGCUGUCAAUGAGCAUCUUCUGGCUAAUUCCCCAGUUUUGGUUGUUGGGGGCUGUGAAUGAACUGGUUGGCCAUGGCAUCAAGGAAUUGUUCAAUAGUCAUGUUCCGAAGACGAUAGGGAAGUGCGAGGAUGCAUUCUCCGAGAGUGUGGAAGGAAUGGGAAGCUUCUUGAGUGCUAUCGCCAUGGUCAGUCUUCGCCCGUGGGAUUGUUCACUAAAAAAUUUCAAUGAAUGCAAGCUAGAUUCUAUUUACUUGUCGUUCGGGGUUAUAAGCUUUAUUAACCUCCUCUUCUAUGUAUUCAUUGCCAAAGUAUACCUUUGGCAAGGAACUGGAAAUGGGCACGAGAAAGAAACUGGCCGUAGAGAAGCCACUAAGCUAGCAAAUGCAAUUACAGAGUUUCUUGAAGAAAUUCUCAAGAUGUGUAACUGCUGAUGGGCCACCACCAUAUGGCUUUUGGCCCUAAAUUUCCUUCCUUGUAAUUGCUUAUGUAAGUGGAAUUUGAUAUAUGGUUUCAAUGUUAA